UGGUGGUAAUAAACUGACUCAAAACAUGAUUAAAGAAAUCGGAAGUUACCUGUUUUGUAUAAAGUAUAACAUGUAAACAAUUUCUGUUAUCUAAAACUGUCCGUGGUGUUUUUCUCCAUAAAUAUUAAUAGUUUUGUUUGAUGUGAGUAAGAUACCCGCAGAAUAUUCAAUUAUUACUUUUUUCAAAAAUACUGUCAUCUAGUCACACCGGUAUAAAGCUUCUUGGCGCAUGAAUUUCCAAUAGUUGUCAGGCAGAGCGUUUCUCGACGGACGGAUUGAAAUACCAUCUGAUGAAAAUUGAUGAAAUGCUACAAUAGUGUCAUAACACCGCGAAAAAUCAGUUCUAUAAAGUUGUAUUUGGAUAAAAGAAAAAUAGCACUAAUUAAAAUCUUCGUUUGCUGAAUAGAUUAGCGCUCAAGAGUUUAGGAGAGAAAUCGAUUUAGAUAAUUACUUAAAAACAAACUCAUUCUUUACCUCUGACACACGUUCUGAAUAUUUUUUGAGAACGUGUUUGGAACGUUUUUCUUUGAGGAGAAAUUAAUCUAACUGCGUUUUAACAAACUUUCAUACGUUUAUAACGUUACUUUCCUUGGUAAAUAUUUUUAUUAUAAUUUACACAAUUUGCUGUCAAACGUUUAAUCCAAAGAAUAUGGAAAUAAAUUAUACAUUAGAAGAUCAGUCUGAAAAUGUUUCUGAUGGAAAAUAUGUGUUUAAUACCGGAAGUAUAUGUGAAAAAGCGACCGCCUACCACCAGGAUUACACUCAACUUACACCAGUUACAAUUGCCGUAGUUAUAUGCUAUAUAUUCGUGGUAGUUUUAGCUGUUCUUGGAAAUUUACUGGUGAUUUGGACAGUUUGGCGAAACUGUAGCAUGCACACGGUCACAAACUACUAUAUUGUCAAUUUAGCCAUCUCUGACCUACUGGUGGCAUCUAUUGUUAUGCCGCUGAAACUUCUUGAGUAUACUGCAGACUGUGAGUGGCAUAUUUUCAAGAGUGAUGGGCUCUGCUCAGUUGUAUAUUACUUACUACCUAUAUUUGUGUUCGCAAGUGUACUUACCUUGGCGGCAAUUUCAAUUGAAAGAUACUAUGCCAUUGUACAUCCACUGUCUGCGAUGAAGAUUAACAGCAAAUCUAGAACACGCAAGAUUAUCGCAUGUACCUGGAUCAUCCCAAUUAUUGUAGCAAGUCCAUUUGUCUACUGUAGAAGCAUGGCUUUUACAAUAUUCAGCGAAUACGGACAGAUAUCUCGUGAAAUUUGCAACGAUAGGUUUGAUGAGAUUGAUCUUGCCAUAUAUGGCAAUGAUCCAAAUAAACUAGGCGAGUUCAGGAAAGGCUAUUUCUUGUUCUUGUUUUUUGUAAUCUACGUGAUACCAAGUGUUGUCAUUCUUACGACAUGUGUAAAAAUUGCUAUAAGCCUUCUUCAACCAAUCACUGUGGAGAAUUCUGUAUUUGGAAGAAAAGAUAAUAAUAGAAGACAAGAGGAGAAUAAAAGAAAGGUGGCACGUAUGGUAGUUGUUAUUGCGAUAACGUUCAUCAUUUCCUGGUCACCGCAGUAUCUAGUAAGUGUGAUCAGUCAACUACAGGAGAAAAGUUUUCUUCGAGAACGUAACUUCAUCUUCACCAUGCUUGUCACACAUUUCUGUGGUUUUCUCAACAGUUGCCUGAAUCCGAUUAUAUAUACAGCUAUGAGUCAGAAAUUUCGGAGAAGUUUCCUAGAUAUUUUAAGACAUAUAUGUUUUUGCUUCUCGUGUCCAGCUUUGGCACCAAAUACUUUGAACUAUGUGGCAACGCGUAGAUAUACAUCAACUGUUCGUCAGACGUUUUCUGAAAUAGACGGCAAUCAUAUUCCCCUGAAUGAGAGCAUUUGUCACAGUGAUAUGAUAUGUGGGGCACGUGGAAGUGGAAAUAAAAGUAGUUCGAGCAGUGGAACUGAUUCAGACAUACGACAAAAUCCCAUGUGUGGAAAAAAUACAGUGAAAAAAUAUAUCUUCAAAAACCCCGUUUCAAAUGGACGAAUUAAUAAAGAAAAUGACCCCGAAAGGGAAUAUGUGUUAAGGACUGGUCCUUCACCUAUACUGAAGUUGAAAGGUAUAUUAAAGAACAGUGGUAAUGGUUGCAAUAGUCGAGAUAUCGAAGUCGAGGACAGUAAUGAGUAAUCUCAUUAAAGUUCUAUAAAUACAUGAUCGACUUAUAUAUUAAUAAUCUAUUUGUUAUAUCAUGUAAUCAAAAUCAGUUUUGUAGAUACGCCUAUUUGUGUUAAAAAACCUUCCAAAUACAUUCUUGAAACAUUUGUCCAAUAUGUUUUGGUGACGAGUUGUUUACUAAGUAUGGAACCACUCUAUUUGAGCCGUGCCAUGGGAAAACCAACAUAGUGGGUAUGCGACCAGCACGGAUCCAGACCAGCCUGCGCAUCCGCGCAGUCUGGUCAGGAUCCAUGCUGUUCGCUAACAGUUUCUCCAAUUCCAAUAGGCUUUAAAAGCGAACAGCAUGGAGCCUGACCAGACUGCGCGGAUGCGCAGGCUGGUCUGGAUCCAUGCUGGUCGCAAACCCACUAUGUUGGUUUUCUCAUGGCGCGGCUCAUUUAUCGUAGCACACAAGCAUUAGCUGGAACAAACAUCUAAAGAAGACGUGUUUUCAUUUUCUCCCAUUAUAUGUAAACAACACUCCUCGACUUCUGUGGUAUGAGAUUUGCAAAGAUAAAAAGUGUAAAGAUAUUUCAGAACUGUUUAAACAUAGUUAUUAGUUCCUUUCAAGUAAUUAUACUGCUUAAUUUAGAUAUAUGUUGCCUUUUCGUAUCAAAGAAAAUCUUUAAAUUUUACGUGUCUAUAUGAAGCUUAUCUGCAACUUCAAUUAUAAUGAAAUCGUAUAAAGAAACUCCAAAACGUGUAUUUUCAUUUUGAUUCUCCAAAUAUAAUUUUAUUUACUUUUCUUCUGUAGAUUUGAUAGUAUCGAAAUAGAUGCAUGCGUCAGUAAGAACAAAAGAACACUUCAGGUCUGUCUAAUGAGCUUGUUUUCAAUAAAGGCAAAAAACCCAAAAGGAAAGAACACAUUCCAAGAAUGCAGCGCAAUUUAGGCAACUAUCCUCGUUAAUUAAUUAAUUAGUGUGAAAAUGUUGUGCAUGCUUUUCUCACAAGAUCGUCAUAUCUAAAUACGUCACCUGUGUAAUAAAAUGACCAGUCUCUAUAAAACUCAUUAUAAAACCUUUUUCAUUGUAUUUGACUAACAUAGUAAGGAAUCGUAUGAAAAAGCAUAUAUCAAUUUAUUACAAUGAGUAUAUGUCUUUCAUGACUUGACUGUUUGUCAAAUGCCAGUCACUGUCGUAUCAUAGGAUGUGCAUAUGUGUCCAAAUAACAAGAAA